GUGUGUAGUGACGUCACAGUCAACUCACCUACUUUUUAUACUUCCAUCCGAUUUAUUAAAUAGAAAUUGUGUUUAAAAAUAACUGCUAUCUAUGAUUUUCUAAUAAUGAUCUGGUGCUUUAUUUCGUGCACGGUUUCUUCCCCUGUAGCGCCGGGGCCCGUUCUUCCUUUCCCUCCUUUUAUGAUAUCCUUCCUGGUCUUAAGGAGGUGUCCGGUCAAAAUUUUAACCUUUUGGGCUCCCCUAUUUUCGCAGAAGCGGUCCCGGAGGCCUUCGAGGUUAGAAGACAGCUUCUCUUGAUGGCAAGGGAGAGAUUAGAGAAACUGUCAGCGCAUGUUGCUCUCGUGCUGUUGCGGGUCUGCUUUGCUGUUCCCAAGCUCAUGUACUUUUUGCGCACAGUACCGACUUGGCUUCACCCUGUGCAAAUGGACUCCUUUGACUGUGAUUUGAGGGAGUUUGUUGAGUCCUUGCUUAAUGUGGCUCUAAAUCCAGAACAAUGGGACCUGGCAUCCUUGCCCAUUCGGAGUGGUGGUCUGGGGGUGCGGCGCGUGCGGGAUGUGAGUCUACCGGCAUUCUUGGCAUCGGCGAGUGGGGUCGUGGAUCUUGUUACUCGAAUUUUAUCUCCUAAUGGUAACAGGGUAUCCAUACCUUACGCUGCUGAUGCUUUGGCGGCUUGGAUGGCUCUCAAUCCGAACGCGCCCCGACCCGAGAAGCCGGACGUACAACGGCUAUGGGACGAUGUUGGAGUCAAGAGGAUUGUCGAGGGUCUGAUAGAGAACGCAGUGGGGGCGGAUAGGGCGAGGCUGCUGGCGGGGUCCGCACCAGAAUCGGGGGCGUGGUUGCAAGCGCUUCCAUCUCCGCAUUUGGGCACCCUCCUUGACAACGAUUCGAUGCGGGUGGCGGUGGCUCUUCGCCUGGGCUGCGAUGUGUGUGUUCCUCACCUAUGCAUCUGCGGUACUAUGGUGGAGAGCAACGGCCACCACGCUUUGAGUUGUGGUCGAUGUGCAGGGAGAUUCCCACGCCAUCACGCUCUUAACGAUCUGGUCCGGAGGGCGCUUGUUUCCGCGAAUGUUCCAUGCAUGCUUGAGCCCCCAGGCCUUAGCCGGUCGGAUGGUAAGAGGCCUGACGGUUUGACGCUGGUGCCUUGGCAGAGAGGAAAGUGCUUGCUUUGGGACGCUACAUGCGUCAGCACUUUUGCUGCAUCGCACAUUGGCCGCACCGUGAGGGCAGCAGGGGCAGCUGCUGAGGUGGCGGCGCUGAGAAAACGGGAGAAGUACGCGGAAUUGGACGGCUAUUUGUUUGUGCCUCUGGCGGUCGAAACGGCUGGUUGUUGGUGCUCAGAGGCUAGAGAGUUUUUUAAGGAGGUUGGGAACCGUUUGCGAGAUAGAGGCCUGGAUCCCCGCUCCGGGUCAUUCCUGGUGCAGAGGUUGUCCAUCGCGAUUCAGCGCGGUAAUGCGGCGAGCGUUUUGGGCACCUUUGCGCCGGGGAUGACGCGGGGUGGGAUAUUUGACUGACUCAGUAGUCAGUCAGUCAGUACUGCUUUGUUUUUGACUUGUGUUUCUUUUUGGUGUUAUGUAACUUGUGUAAAU